AUGGCGACGGCGGGGAACGCGCUCGCGACGUCGCCACACGCCGCGGAAGCCAUCCGCCUCGCGGUCGUGCGCUCCGCGGCGGUCGGCGUCCUGUCCCCGCUCGACCUCGCCGCGCUCGACAUCGCGCUGCGCCCCGCCAUGCCGUCGUCGUCGUCGUCGCUGCGAGAAGACGCCGCGGAGGCAGCCGCGCGCGGACACCUCCCGUCGCUCUACGACUCCAGCGCCGUCGCCGGCGCCGUCGACGCCGCGGGGCGACCGCGGCCGCCGCGCGGGGCGACGUCGUGGACGGCCGUGCACCGCCGGGCGUACGUCUCGGUCAAGGACUGCCGGCUGGCGGUCGCGUCCGGCGGUCGCGCGCAAGACGUCGCCGCGCGCGUCGACGACGACGGAACGCUCUGGACGUGGGGCGGAAACGAAACCUUCCUCCUCGGACUCGUCGAAGACGUCGACGACGACAGCGAAGACGACGAAUGGGACGAAGACAUCCAAAACGAACGACGUCUUGAACGAAGCCGAGGCUACUACGCGACCCCGCGACGCGUCGCGUUUCCCCCGACGGCGGCGGGCGCGUUCGGUCGCGUCCGCGUCGCCGGGAUAUCCCUCGGGGCGUAUCACGCGCUGUCGUGCGACGCGACGGGCCGCGCGUGGAGUUGGGGGGGGCGUCCUGUGGAGUGGGCGGCGAUGGGCGAUCGCGAUGUUCUCGCCGCGCUCGGGCGCGACGUCGGUCCGACAGAACGUUUUGAGAAGUAUCAAGUGCCCGGGCUCGUGGAGUUCGCGGACGGCGGCGGCGCGGCGACACCGUUCGUGGUGAGCGUCGCCGCGGGCGCCCGGCACUCCGUCGCCGUCGACGUCGCCGGCGACGCGUACGCGUGGGGAAGCGACUCGAAAGGGCAACUCGGAUUGGGGUACGACCCGGACGCGAUCUUCGGGGUCGAGCAUGAGGUGCACGAUCGUUAUUUCGACCGCGCGACGAAAGUGCGCGCGUUGUCCGACCGAGGCGUUCGAGUGGUCCUCGCCGCGGCGGGGCGACACGUGACGAUGUAUUUGGACGAAGACGGCUUCGUGUACAAAGCGUUUUGCAACGCCGCGACGAUCGGGUACGUCGCGGUGACGGGCGAGCAUGGGCAGAGGCAAACGCGGUCGUCGAUCCCGCGACGCGAAGAACACAUACCGCCGAUGACACACCUGUCGAUUGGGACCGAGCACGCGCUCGCCGUCGACCGCGACGGCGGCCUCUGGGGGUUUGGCGACGGAAGGGGCGGCCUCACCGGGCGCGUCACGAGCGCGUUCGCGGGACCGUCGCGGCGCGGGGUGUUCCGCCGCGUCGCGUCCGAUGCCGACGCCGUGAGAGCGUCGCGCGCGUACGCGGGCGAGUCACACUCCGUGGUGCUCACGAGAGACGGUCGCCUGGUGGGCUUCGGCGACGACCGCGGCGGCGCGCUGCCGUACGAGGACGACGGCUUCAGAAUUUUUGAUUCGUCUCUGCCGAGAUUUCUCGCCGCGCCGAGACGCGAAGGGCGUGAUGAUCACGCACCCCACGUCGUGACCGCGGUCGCGUGCGGCGGCUUCACCGCCACACCACCAAGUUAUGAUGCUAAAUGGCACAAGAACGCUUUGUGCGUCGCCGUCUCCGCAGAGGACGGACAACUGUAUGCGUGGGGGACGCCGGGGCCGUGGCUCGGAACGUCGUGGAAUGAAGAUCUGCGAGGACCCGUCGCGGUGUUCGAGUAG